GAGAGUGAAAGAGAGAGUGAGUGGUGCAGCCCACAUCUAGAGGAGUACAGAGCAGUGAGAGGGAUAGAGGCAGCGUUAACUGCUGCUCCAGGGCUGCAUGCAGCUGUCUGGUCUGGGGCUGAGAGGGAGCAGGAGAGAGGGAGGGGUAGCUCAUAGGAGGAGGACAGGACUUGAAGGGAGAAAGAGGAGAGACGGGGUAAGAAGAGGGGAGGAGAGAAACAGAUGAGCGUGAGCGGAGCAUAGUAGGCCGGUUGACUGGAUGUAUCUUCGAGAAGCUAGGAGAAACUGGCAGACUGCAGCUGGUCUAUAAAAGGGAGGAAAGGGGCGGGGUUGUAAUUUGAGAGGGCCUGACAGAUCGGGCUAUAGUGUCACUACUCUACUCAGCACUAAGAUGUCAUGGCGUCCGACAUACCGAAGCUCCAAGUUUCGAAACGUCUACGGCAAAGUGGCCAACCGGGAGCACUGCUUUGACGGCAUUCCCAUCACCAAGAACGUCCAUGACAACCACUUCUGUGCCGUCAAUGCCAAGUUCCUGGCCAUCGUCACGGAGAGUGCCGGUGGAGGGUCCUUUAUCGUUAUCCCUGUCUCCCAGGCGGGCCGCAUCGACCCCCACCACCCCAAAGUGUGUGGCCACCAAGGCAAUGUCCUGGACAUCAAAUGGAAUCCCUUCUUUGAAAACAUCAUAGCUUCCUGCUCUGAAGAUUCCUCUGUACGAGUAUGGGAGAUCCCAGAGGGAGGGCUGAGGCGGAAUAUGACAGAGGCCAUGAUGGAGCUGUAUGGACACAGCAGACGUGUGGGCCUCAUCGAGUGGCACCCCACCAGCAGUGGAAUCCUCUUCAGUGCUGGCUAUGACUAUAAGAUCCUGAUCUGGAACCUGGAGAUAGGUGAGCCGGUGAAGAUGAUCGACUGUCACUCUGACGUCAUCGUGUGUAUGUCCUUCAACACAGACGGCAGCCUGCUGGCCACCAGCUGUAAAGACAAGAAGCUGCGUGUCAUCGAGCCACGCUCCGGGAGAGUCUUACAGCAUGCCAGCUGUAAGAACCACAGGGUGAACAGAGUGGUGUUUCUGGGCAACAUGAAGAGGCUGCUGACGACAGGUGUGUCCCGGUGGAACACCAGACAGAUUGCACUGUGGGAUCAGGAGGACCUGUCUAUGCCCAUGGUAGAAGAGGAGAUAGACGGUCUCUCAGGGCUGCUGUUUCCUUUCUAUGAUGCAGACACACACAUGCUGUACCUGGCAGGAAAGGGCGAUGGCAACAUCCGUUACUAUGAGAUCACCACAGAGAAGCCAUACCUGCAGUAUCUGAUGGAGUUCCGCUCCCCUGCCCCACAGAAAGGCCUUGGUGUGAUGCCUAAGCAUGGGCUGGACGUAACGGCCUGCGAGGUGUUUCGCUUCUACAAGCUGGUGACGCUGAAGGGGCUGAUCGAGCCCAUCUCCAUGAUAGUACCAAGGAGGUCAGAGACGUACCAGGAGGACAUCUAUCCAAUGACGGCAGGGACCGAGCCUGCCCUCUCAGCCAAUGACUGGUUGAGUGGUAUCAACCGAGACCCAGUGUUAAUGUCCCUGAAGAAGGGCUAUCAGAAGCCCAACCAGCUGGUGUUCAAGGCACCGGUGAAGGAAAAGAAAGGUGUGGUGGUCAACGGCAUUGACCUGCUGGAAAACGUGCCACCCAGGACAGAGAACGAGCUACUGAGGAUGUUCUUCAGGCAGCAGGAGGAGCUGAGGAAGCUGAAGGAGGAGCUGAACACCAAGGACGUUAAAAUACGCCAGCUGGAGCUGGAACUCAACAACCUGAGGAACGUCAGCCCCGUUGGAAACAAUGUCUGACCUCUGAUCACCACCAUGCCACGUCCAGCGUCUUCCCUCCCUUUCAUCGUGUAUCAUUUGUACUUCCUGUUGCAAUUGAUAAUGUAAAUACUGAUUAUAACGUCUGUGUAACAAUUUUUGUUAUCGAUAAUGUCAUCAUAUUGACAUCACUGUUAAAUCCCUCAAUUGAUAACAUAAUAACCAACUGGUAAUGUAAUUUAUUGUUAUACUAUUUUUUUAAAAUUCUGUUCGAUAGAUGUAUCCUGAUAUCCGGUUUGGUUUCAUUAUGAUUAGAUAUUACAUCAUCACUCGCAAUACACUCCUCCCCCCUAUUGCAGAGCACCAUCAGUGUAUCCCAGGGGUCCUCACACCCCACCUGCCAUGUCAUGCCAUGCCCCUCUGAGUCCACCUGGCAAAGCCUUUGUCAUCACCCAGAAAUGCCACCCCCAAAUCCUCCAACCUCCACCCUGCCAUCGCCAGAGACUAACCUGGGGAAAGAGAUUGACUUCCCCCUUCUCCACCAAUCCUCCCCCAUGGUCUACCCACUGCAAACCAACUCACAGCAAAGCUGCAACAUCUCAACCUCCCAGUGGAAGAGUCUUCUACUAGUUCCAACUACUGUGGAUGAUGCAUUUUACAGGGACAUGAAUGAAGAUUAGUUUUACAGGGACAUGAAUGAGGAUGAUGAGUUUUACAGGGACAUGAAUGAAGAUUAGUUUUACAGGAACAUGAAUGAAGAUGAUGAGUUUUACAGGGACAUGAAUGAGGAUGAUGAGUUUUACAGGGACAUGAAUGAAGAUUAGUUUUGCAGGGACAUGAAUGAAGAUGAUGAGUUUUACAGGGACAUGAAUGAAGAUUAGUUUUACAGGGACAUGAAUGAAGAUUAGUUUUACAGGGACAUGAAUGAAGAUUAGUUUUACAGGGACAUGAAUGAAGAUUAGUUUUACAGGGACAUGAAUGAAGAUUAGUUUUACAGGGACAUGAAUGAAGAUUAGUUUUACAGGGACAUGAAUGAAGAUUAGUUUUACAGGGACAUGAAUGAGGAUGAUGAGUUUUACAGGGACAUGAAUGAAGAUUAGUUUUACAGGGACAUGAAUGAGGAUGAUGAGUUUUACAGGGACAUGAAUGAAGAUUAGUUUUACAGGGACAUGAAUGAGGAUGAUGAGUUUUACAGGGACAUGAAUGAGGUGUAUUUCAAGACAGUUUUUUUUCUUCAUCUCCUAAGAAUGUGUUGUCUGUAAAAAGCUGCAGCUCUGGCUCAGCCUGGCACACAGCAACCCAGAUGUAGUCUUAAUGGGCAGUUUGUCUGUCGCCUCAGUCAUUAUCUUUAGGAGAAGUUUUGUUGGAAAAUGUAUUAUUGUUACUAUUUAUUUGUUAUAUUUGAUGUUUCUAGCUAACUCUUUAUGCAGAAACAUUCAUCUCGUCUUUGGGAGAAAUCGUGGUCAUGAAAAUGAUGGCUGACACACUUGUGGUUGAAUUAUGUUUUCACCCAAAUGGUGGCAAUUUGUCUGAGACCGUAUAUUCAAACAGAUCCUGUAUUCUCUUGAUUGAAUCGACACAAUACUAAAAUCUGGUCAAUUGGAAUAUUAGUCAACAUGAAAUUAGGUUUUGUACGUAACAGUACAUCAAACCUGAAAUAUUUAUACAAUAUUUGUCUUUAUAUCUUUCAGCUAUGAAUAUUCUAUUUCAGAAAGUACAUUGUUAAUCUGUGGUGUUCCACAUGACCCAUUCCUCUCAAGUUAAGACUCUCUGAUAUUUCCUGUAGUUCAGGUUACCUAUACAUGUAGUUCAGGUUACUAUAUCUGUAGUUCAGGUUACUAUACCUGUAGUUCAGGUUACUAUACCUGUAGUUCAAGUUAUUAUACCUCUAGAGAGGAAUCAUUAUAUGUACCAUUGUCAUAAUAUUGUCAUAAUCAGUAACAUACUCUGCAGGGGUUGACUGACUAAAUUAAUGAAACAGCGAUAUUACUUACACAAGGUAAUUAUUUACAUCUUUACCCCUAACAUAUACCUUGUAAAGACCCCCCCGUCCCCCGUCCCAUCAAAUGUUAUACUGUAAUCCUUAUCCAAUGAAGACACCUAGGAAACAAAUGUAGGUAGAGUAGCGUGGUGGCCAGGUGUUUCGUUUUGCUUUAGCCAACUCCCCAGGCAUUCGUUGUCAUGCCAUGUGGACAUGGGAGAAGUUGCCUUAAGCUCUUACAGGUGUGGGUGGCUAGCACCAGGCUAUAGGCACAGCACCCGGUGGGCAUCUAGACUGGCAACAGUGAAGGUGAACAUGGUGGAUAAGGUCAGGUCAGCCUGUAGAGAAUGACAGAGGUCUCAAGUGGCCUAAAGGAGGGGAUUCACAGUGUGUUGCUCUGGUGAACACACAGCAGUAUGCAAGGUGAGUGAACAGCGCUGCAGUAUUGUUGGAAUGGGAGGAUAACAAACCAUUUGGUGGAGAUGAUGAUGAUGAUGGCCUGUAGGUGUGGUAAAUAUUGGUCGAUAACCAUCUAAAUGCCUAGUUGUACUAUGUGCUGAUGAAACUGUGCAGAAUGACAAUUCUCUCAGAAAGACAGAACUGUGUACUGGGUCAGUUAGCCUACAAUACAUCCUGUUUCACCUCAUUGAUCUACAAGUCCCAACAACUAAUAUAAAUUUGUCAAGUUAAUGCAAUGAGUGGAUAAACCAGAUGAUUCCCUUUCGGCCUGAACUAUCUGGGUUCUCCACAUGAUGUCAGUAGCAGGCUGCAGUACGUUAGGAAGCAGGUACAAGGUAGCACAACCAUCUGGGAUGAUCAAAAAUGCUGUCAACUAUCAGAUGACUAUGUAAGCAAUUCAAAAAAAGACCACAAACCACAACUUGUAUAAAAAAAAAAUAUUUAUUGAAGUGAAAGGGAGGAAAUCAAAAGUUUGUCUCAUGGUAAGGAAUUAGCUCUGAUGACAGUGGGUUAAACAUGUAAGGGGAACAUGACUGAGGUAGGUCUAUCUGACCAUGAACUGCCCUAUGGUUUAAGAAAAGAAAAUGCAAAAGGUGUUUUCUUUGCACAUUGCCCAGCGGUGUAUUAUAUAGGUGGGGAACAAAUAUGGACUCGAAGAGUUGGACAGCAAUAACAAAUUUGGAUUCAGUGAGUAUUUCUGUGAAUAUAAUUUGGUGAAAAUGGAAAUCGUGUACCAGAUUCAAUUAGCCUAUUUUAGGGUACGGCUGCACAGAUAUUCAAUAUCUUACUACAGUUCAUCGUUACAAUUAAUUAAGUGUAAAUGUCUGCCAUUAUCAAAGAGUAUUACAAAAACAAAAUAGAUUUGGUCAGUAUUUACAAAUAACAGGUCAUUUCUGAACUAUCGAAGCUAGGGGUUAAGGAGAAGCAUUGUGACAAAGGCAGACAUUCUUUACUCUGCUUAAAAAGAUGCCCUGUAUACAGGCCAUUCUAUGAACGUUUAAACACCCUUUCCAUGAUGAAAACAGCACAUACAAUGAUACACGGAUGACACCACAAAACGCUUCAUGUACACUGAAAGAAACAGACAGAGAAUAAGAAAAGGGUAUAGGAAACUGUCAUAGCUGAAAUCCAGUAGUCGACUUUAAAAUCUAUUUCAGACAUGCACUUCUAAAAGGUUUUUUGGUAAGUUUGUCUCUUUAAAUACAUAAAUCAUCAUCAGAAAUCUGUUUACACAGAAGGUAUCAAUAUCACUGAGAAAACAAAACCUUUACAAAGGUUAGAGCUAAUAAUAAUAAUAAUAAUAUUGGACUUUUAGGAAAUGUUUUCUUCUGCCCUUCCAGUGGUUUGCAGGGGACAGAUAUGACUAGAAUACAAGGAAUCAAAAAAGGGUA